AUGGUCGUGCCCAACAUUCGAAACCCCAAUCGUUACCGCACUCUUCAGGUAGCCACGUCAACCAAGUCACAAUAUCACCUAGAACCUGACCAUGCAUUCGCAUACAGGCACGUCGGAAGACGCACAAAGGGAGGAACUGGAGGGGGAGGCGGGUUUCUCUAUAGCAGCGGAGCUUACGGUUCCAAUGGAAGCAAUGGAACUGGCAAUGGCGGUGCCAUUGCGAUUCUUGUUGCCUCGGUUGGCCUGUGUCUUGCGUGUUUUUUCAUCCCGUUUGCAUGUAAAAAGAGACGCAACCCCAGCAAUCGUCACAACCGUGAAAUGCAUUCCACUCGAGACUCCAUCUAUCGUCAGCGGAAUCAACGGGCGAACAAUGACAAUAACAACAACAAUCGGGCAAGCAACGACAACGUUCCAUCGCACGAUUCCAUUGAUUUCUAUUUUUCACCUCACGUCUUCAACAGCCCACCGACGAGGAGUGUCAAUCAAAAAGGUUCAAACGUUUCAAUGAAGUCCAACUUUUAUUGUCAAACUGUUUUGCCAGAUAAAAGCAACGUUGAUCCAAAUGUCCUUAGAGAAGAAGAUGACAUUGAUACGGCUAGUGAUGAUGAGGAUAGCGUGAUUGAAAAUGGAGAUGCUACAGGCAAAAGGGGUAGCACCAACAAGGAUGACGCUGUUGUUAUUCUCCCCAGAUUUCUCGUGCCCACUUGGGGACAAUCUAUUGGGGCGAACGCCGAAUGUUCUAUUUGUUUGCAAAUGUACGAACCUGGACAAACCAUCUGCUUGGCCAAGAAUACUAAGUGCAAGCAUGUCUUUCAUCAGGACUGCAUUGAGGAAUGGCUCAAGGAUCACUCUGAUUGUCCGCUGUGCAGGGUGAGACUCGUUUGCAAACCUCUAUCAUAA